UUAUAUGUUAAACCCAAGAAGAUAUAUCCGCGUAAGUAUUCUCCCACUCCGACCUUGCUGCUGCCUCUGUGCUACUGCAAUUUGGGAGGCGAUAGAAAUGGAAGCGAAAGUUUUCCCGCUGACAUGCGCACCUCUUUUAUUAUCUUCUUCUUCCUUCCCCACGAACGUACGUAUCUCUCUUUUCAGGACGAAACACUCACCUGCUAUAGUUCUGCGGAGAAGCGUAAACAAAGAAGAAACGGUUUUAGAAGGCAUGCCUAAGGAGUAUUACGAUGAGGAAUGGCAAGCUCGACAACGAGAAAAGACAAAGGAGUUGCAUAGAAGACAGCGAGAAGAAGAUGAAGAAGAGGAACAAAAGAUUGACGAAUAUCGUGAAAUUGGCCUGCGGUUGAAGGGAUAUCCUGAAGAAGAUGUCAGAAAAGCAAGACAAUUGGUUUCUACCUUUAUCAGAGCUGAAGAGGAGGUGGAAGAGAAAAUUGAAGAAGCUGCUGAAAAAGGAGAACUUACUGAACUUGUUCUACUGGUCAUAUGGAAUCGCCUUGAUCUUGCUCGACGUGAUGAAGAAAAGGAUGCUAUAAGAAGUCUUGAUCUGCUAUACAGAAGGGUUGAGACUGAGAUUUUGAAACGGGAGGCUACUCCUGCCAUGAGACUGCUCAACGAUCUUCUGAAUAUUCAUGAUGGAUUUGAUGAUGAAGGGUGGCUGAAGGAAUGCAGAAAACUCAUGAUUGAUACCUUUCCACGAGAAGAUCCAUUUACCAUUCUUGUGCCAGAAGGGUUUGACAUUGAUAAGCAUCAUGGGCCACUACGACCACCACUGGAAGGAGAUGACCCUCUCUUGAGGGUAGAUUUUAUCAGAGAGGUUGAUGCAUUGCUAAAAGAGGUAGAGCUGGAGCAAAGUGAAGCGCGGAAUUCUCAAGGGUUUGAUCCCGAAUCUGUUGCAGUUAGGUUGAAGCAACAAGAGAAGCAACGAACCAUACACCAAGUUGAAGCUUUGUUAGACCUCGCCCUUCAUUUGAAGUGGUAAUCAUCACCUUUCGUAUAGAACCCUAUAUCUGCACUUUGUUAAUCUCCACUUAGGUCUACAGAACAGUUCCGUUGGAUUUUUUUUUUUUUAAAUUUAUUUCUAGAGUUUCGUGUUGUAAAUAUCCUAGGAUGUGAUAAAACUUGUUUGUUAGGUUAAUUACUUCGUUGAAUUAUAUGUGACAAUAUUUUGAGCA